AAAAUUCAGAUACAUUUUAUGGUUUCAAUUCUACGGUUCUCUCUCGUAUGAUUACAAGUAAAAAAAAGAAAAAAAACAAGCACAAUUUAAUAUAUCAAGGAAUUCGCAAUGGAACAAAAUUGGGUUGAUAAAGUUGUUUUAGUUACUGGAGCUAACUCGGGCAUUAGCAAAUGUCUAAUAGAAUGUUUAGUUGGCAAAGGAAUGAAAGUUAUUGGAAUUGCUCCACAAGUCGAUAAAAUGAAGACUCUUGUUGAGGAACUAAAAUCGAAACCCGGAAAACUAGUUCCUCUUCAAUGCGAUCUUUCCAACCAGAACGAUAUUUUGAAAGUCAUAGAAUGGGUCGAGAAGAACUUAGGAGCUAUAGAUAUUCUCAUCAAUAAUGCAGCUAUUAAUAUUGAUAUCACAAUGCAAAAUGAUGAAGUAUUAGAUUGGAAGAAAAUUUUUGACAUAAAUCUUCUUGGACUGACUUGCAUGAUGCAAGAAGUUCUGAAAUUAAUGAAGAAAAAAGGAAUUAAUAAUGGUAUUAUUAUAAACAUCAAUGAUGCUUCUGGACUGAACCUACUACCAAUGAAUCGUAAUCGUCCAGCUUAUUUAGCCAGUAAAUGUGCAUUAACUACCUUGACAGACUGUCUUAGAUCUGAAUUAGCACAAUGUGAAUCCAAUAUCAAAGUCAUUUCCAUUAGUCCUGAUUUAGUGGAAACCGAUAUGACUGCACAAUGGUUAAAAGAAAACUCUCGUCUGGCUUUGAAACCUAAAGAUGUUUCCGAUUGUGUUCUCUUCGCUUUACAAACUCCUGACAAUGUCUUGAUCAAAGAACUGGUGGUCACACCGAAUCGUGAAACGAUAUAAAGAAAAACCAAAUACCACUUAUUAUUUUUCCAUAUGUUUAACAAAAACAUAACAAUUAAUACUUGUAAAUAAUAAUACAAAAUAAAAAUUUAUCAACAU